UUUCUUGGCUACAUGAUGUGAGGUGGUUGAUCACUUGUCGACGUAGAUACUUAAUGUCGGUGGCGCUCGCAGAUUCCCCAGCUACGUUGGCUGUGGCGCUCUGCGCGCUGGCGCUUGCCCCGACAGCCAUGUCGCUCGUCGUGGCAGCACACUACAAGCUCACUGCCGAGACACCCAGGCUCGUGUACAAGUCCACAGCCAAGAACGAGCAUUUACUAAACCAGUGCGAACAUCUCGUCAGGAAGAAAUUCUAUCCGCUGUGGUAUCUCUGCAACGGCCACUUGCAGACUCUGCAGUUGUCGUGGGCCAACGAGAUGGAGCCCACACCUGCCAUCCCCUACGAACGGCAGCUUCUGGAUAUGCCCGACAGCGGCGUGGUGUCGUUAGAUUGGGCAUUGUUAUCAUCAAGCGAACAGGACAACCAGGCCGCGCUGGAUCGGCGUAUCGACCCUAACAAGAAAACUGCACUAGUUCUACCAGGCUUAACCGGCGGCAGCGGCGAACAUUACAUUCGCACUGCUGUUGAAAGGCUGAAUAGUCUGGGCUGGCAGUGUGUGGUCCUCAACUCGCGUGGGUGUCAGGACACUCCGCUCCGAACGCCUCACCUAUUCUGUAUUGCGUACACUGGUGACCUCCGCUUUGUGGCGCAAUACCUUACAGACAAGUUCAAUUUCGAAGCGUUAAUCGGAUUGGGAUUCUCGAUGGGAUCGAAUGUGCUGGUGAAAUAUCUGGGUGAGGAUGGUAAUCAGGCUCGAUUAACCGCAGGGAUCUCGGUUGGAAACCCUUUCGACAUGGUUAAGUGCUCCAAGAACAUUGAGGGACCUCUAAUCAAUCGACUCACGUACAGUCGAGUAUUGAGUGCAGGGCUGAGCGAUCUCUUCUUUAACCGUAGCAACGCUCACGAGGUAUUUCGCGAUUUUCCGGGCCUCGAUCUGGAGGCAUUAAGAAAUGUUAAGAAGGUGUCGGAGUUUGAUGAGCUGUUCACGAUCAAGCACUUCAACUAUAAGAGCGUGGACGAGUUCUAUCAGGACGGAUCGUGUAUUACUCGGUUGGCCAAGGUUACGGUGCCAUUGCUGUGUCUGAAUGCUGAAGACGACCCCAUUAGCGUGGCUACCUCAUUGCCGACGAAAGAGAUGGUGGAGGCCAAUGAAAACAUCAUUUUGUGCACUACGAAGAGCGGUGGCCACCUCGCCUUCUACGAAGGAGAUUAUGAUGACGACAACGCUGUCAUGAAGCAGAAACUCAAUCGAAAACUACGCCCAUGGUCCGUCAAAGUCAUCGGCGAGUUCGCCCAGAGCGUUCUGCUAGUGCAAUAGACCUGCUAUCAACACUGCGGUGUUAGCAGUUUUGAUUUGCAAUUUUCCCCGUCGUAAUUAUGCCUCAAUAAUUGUGAAAAAUAUAAAACAAUUAUUGAAUGACGAGCUUAAAGAUGAAAUACCAAAUUAACAAAUUAUAUCAGCC